AUGCCACCGCCAAAGCCCAAGAAGCUCACCGCGCAGCCGGUCCGCACGCGCCAAUUCGCUGGAAAGCCAACAGUCGCAGAACCCGAAGAGCACUCCAGCUCAGAAUCCGAAUCAGAAGAUGAAGAGCAGAAGCCCCAGUUAAAACCUUUUGCGAAACCAAAACCAGCACCUAUUGCAUCAUCGGCAAUCAAAUCGAGACUUGCAUCGCGGCAAAAAAGCGAGGAUGCGCGUAAAGCGCUAGAAGACGAGUUCGAGACUGAGAGCGAGGAGGAAGAAGAAGAAGAAGAAAAAGACUGCAGUGGGAGUGGGAGUGGGAGUGAUAGUGGAAGCGGUAGCGAUGAGGAUGAGUCGUCAGAGGAGGAAUCGAGUAGCGAAGACGAGGCACCAAAGAAACUACUACGACCAGUCUUUCUGAAGAAGAGCGAGCGAAACAAGAUUGCGGCACCCGUUAAAUCAGCAGACGAGUUGGCAGCAGAGGAAGAAGCGCGGCGACAGGAACAGGCAAGAGCACUCGUGCAGGAACAGGUCGAACAGCGAAUAGCCGAAAAGGCAGCAGGCAAAAAGGACUGGGAUGACGACAUCGAAGACGCCGACAUCAACGCCAUCGACGACACCGACGGGGUCGAUCCCGACGCUGAAUACGCAGCCUGGAAACUCCGCGAACUCAAGCGCAUCAAGCGUGAACGUCUCGCUAUCGAAGAGGCUGAAGCUGAGCGUGCCGAGAUUGAGCGUCGGCGCAACCUCUCAGCCGCCGAGCGCGAGGCCGAAGACCGCGAAUUCAUCGAGAAGCAGAAAGAAGAAAAAGGCGACCGCGGCCAAAUGCAGUACAUGCAAAAGUACUUCCACAAGGGUGCCUUCUUCACCGAUGAACUCAAGGAACUCGGCGUCGACCGACGCAAUCUCAUGAACGCCCGCUUCGAAGACGACACAAACCGCGAGAUUCUGCCGGAAUACAUGCAGAUUCGGGACAUGACGAAGCUCGGUAAAAAGGGACGCACACGGUACAGAGACAUGAAGACGGAGGACACGGGCAAAUGGGGCGACUUUAAGGAUGACCGCCCGCGAAGGGACAAGGGCGAGUACGGCGUGGAUGAGCGGUUCAGACCAGAUGGACAUGGCGCAAGAGACAGGGACAGAGACGGUGCCACGGGCGCAAACGCAAAGCCUCUCGGAGAACGAAAGCGAUUCGGAGAGAGCAACGACAGGGAUAGUAAGCGCCCGAAGAUUCGGGACCAAGCAUAA